CAUCGCAUGCCGGCUGCCGGGGCUGGAAUUCGGAGUUUCUCUUUUCCCCACUUUGGUGCUCGACCCGGAAGCCUCUGUCGGCCGUCGCGUCAGGCGUGGCGCCGGCGCAGAGCGAAGAGGAGGCGGGAGCGCAGUGAGGCAAGAGCGGUCGGCUGCGCGCAGAGGCGAACUGCAGCAGAGAAGUCCUUGCUUCCCCGCAGGCGAUGGCGCCCCCCGCGGCCUAGAGGUCCAGCGCCCGCGGCGAGCCUCAGUCCUCCUGUUGUGUCCGACCGAGAGUCCUGGUGACUUUGAACAUGUUGGCGCCGUUGGCCAAGCUGUCCUGCCCGGCAUAUCAGUGCCUUCAUGCCUUAAAAAUUAAGAAAAAUUAUCUACCUCUGUGUGCUGCAAGAUGGUCUGCAACUUCUGCUGUGCCUCAAAUUACUACCCACUAUACUAUGUAUCCACGGGAUAAGGAUAAGCGAUGGGAAGGAGUGAACAUGGAAAGGUUUGCGGAAGAAGCGGAUGUUGUCAUCAUCGGUGCAGGCCCUGCAGGGCUCUCUGCAGCUGUCCGUCUAAAGCAGUUGGCUGCUGAACACGGAAGGGACAUCCGAGUGUGUCUAGUGGAGAAAGCUGCUCAGAUAGGGGCUCAUACUCUCUCAGGGGCGUGCCUUGAUCCAGGUGCUUUUAAAGAACUCUUCCCCGACUGGAAGGAGAAGGGGGCUCCACUUAACACUCCUGUAACAGAAGACAGAUUUGGAAUUUUAACAGAGAAAUAUAGAAUUCCUGUGCCAAUUCUUCCAGGUCUUCCAAUGAAUAAUCACGGCAAUUACAUUGUGCGCUUGGGACAUUUAGUGAGCUGGAUGGGGGAGCAAGCGGAAGCCCUUGGUGUAGAAGUAUACCCUGGUUAUGCAGCUGCCGAGGUCCUCUUUCAUGAAGAUGGUAGUGUCAAAGGAAUCGCCACAAAUGACGUAGGGAUCCAGAAGGAUGGAGCCCCAAAGACGACAUUUGAGAGGGGACUAGAACUACAUGCGAAAGUCACAGUUUUUGCAGAGGGCUGCCAUGGACAUCUAGCCAAGCAACUGUAUAAGAAGUUUGAUUUGAGAGCAAGUUGUGAUCCGCAGACAUAUGGGAUUGGACUAAAGGAGUUAUGGGUCAUUGAUGAGAAGAAGUGGAAGCCUGGACGAGUAGACCACACAGUCGGUUGGCCCCUGGACAGACACACGUACGGAGGCUCCUUCCUCUAUCAUUUAAAUGAAGGGGAACCCCUAGUGGCUCUUGGGUUUGUGGUUGGUCUAGACUAUCAGAAUCCAUACCUGAGUCCGUUUAGAGAGUUCCAGAGGUGGAAGCACCAUCCCAGCAUUCAGCCAACACUGGAAGGUGGGAAAAGGAUUGCAUAUGGGGCCAGAGCGCUCAAUGAAGGUGGCUUGCAGUCUAUACCAAAACUUACCUUUCCUGGUGGUUUACUAAUUGGCUGCAGUCCUGGUUUCAUGAAUGUUCCCAAGAUCAAAGGUACCCACACAGCAAUGAAGAGUGGAGUUUUGGCAGCAGAAUCUAUUUUUAAUCAACUAACUAGUGAAAAUCUCCAAUCAAAGACAAUAGGACUCCAUAUACCUGAGUAUGAGGACAAUUUGAAGAAAUCAUGGGUAUGGAAAGAGCUAUAUUCUGUUAGAAAUAUAAGACCGUCCUGUCACGGACUCCUGGGUGUAUACGGAGGGAUGAUUUACACUGGAAUAUUCUACUGGAUAUUUAGAGGAAUGGAGCCUUGGACUCUAAAACAUAAAGGUUCUGACUCUGAUCAGCUCAAGCCAGCCAAGGAGUGCACACCUAUUGAGUAUCCAAAGCCCGACGGACAGAUCAGCUUUGACCUCUUGUCUUCUGUGGCUCUUAGUGGCACUAAUCAUGAACAUGACCAGCCAGCACACCUAACCUUAAAGGACGACAGCAUUCCUGUGAAUAGAAAUCUGGCAGUCUACGAUGGCCCUGAGCAGCGCUUCUGUCCUGCAGGAGUUUAUGAAUUUGUACCUUUGGAGCAAGGUGAUGGAUUUCGGUUACAGAUAAAUGCUCAGAACUGUGUGCAUUGUAAAACAUGUGAUAUUAAAGACCCAAGUCAGAAUAUUAACUGGGUGGUACCAGAAGGUGGAGGAGGACCUGCUUACAACGGAAUGUAAACAGCAUUGCCUUUGCAGGUACAUUUGGUAGCUGGUUUAUUAAAAAGUUUGGCAAGCUGACUUUCAGAUGUUUAGAGGCUAGCAGGUAUCAGCAUGUCUUUCAGCAUAUUAUUGGUUGAAAUGGUUGCAAAAUCAGUGAAAUAAAAAUUUUAUACUAUAUCCAAAACUGUCCCAUAAAAAACUAUGAACAUUUCUUUUAAAUAAAACUUUAUAACAAUGA